AACUGCUUGGUGAGAAUGGGAUUUCUGUUCGGGUGAUGGAAGCGUUUCAGAAAUAGAUGCUCUGGUUGCCUGAUAUUGUGAAUUAGUACCACUGAAUCGUUGAAAAUGGUUAAAGUGGCAAAUUUUGUAUUAUAUAUAUAUUCGACCACAUUAAUUUUAAAGGGGACAGUGGGAACCCAAGGUACAACAUGGUAAGGAUUCUGAAGGCCCACAGGAUCCAUGUGGCCCGGGCACUGGACGGUCGUCCCCUCCGUCCCCAGUGCCCCGGGCAAGCAUUUCCAGCGCUUGCUCCUGGCCCCGCCAAACCCCGGUCGUAGUUGGUCUUAACUUCACGCUCUUCUCCGAAGGCCGUUCCCUUAAAUGUUUUCCUAUCGUCCCGACCUCUUCAAAGCAUUUAGUUCCAUUACUAUUACCUGCGUGACUGUCAUUUUAUUGUGGCUUUAGUUUUCAUUAACAACUUUUGCAGAUGACCAAAAAAAAAAUGCAGUUCAUUUGCUGUGUGCGGUCUGGUUUAGGGUUUGUCACUUGUUCUGGAACUGGGCCACGUGAAGGCAGGGACAUCUUCUAGUUCAGCUCAGAGCCAGCCCAGUGCCUGGCAUGUAGUAGGCCUGGGAACUGUGAAUGUACCAUGAAUGAAUGAAUAAAUUACGUUAAAACCUUCCAGAACAGGAUAGGAGGGGAUGGAAAUUUCCAGAAGACUUCCUGUGCACGGCAGUGUGCAUGGAUGCCGGUGUGCUCUCGUCGUGCGCCGAGAGGGGUCGUUCCUGGUGUGAGAUCCGGGGUUUUGAGUACCUCCCUGAGGAAGUCCCCUCAGCAGUGCACCCAGUUCCACUCCCCGAGGCCAGCCCUGAGGUCGCAGGGUGUCAGGAAAUGGCAUUCAUCAAGGCACACUGAACUCGAAACCUCUGUUCCAGGGAGAGACGUAUUUUUAGAACUUUGACGUCCGAAUUCCAGAGGAAGAGCAAGUCAUGCUUGGGGGAAAAUUGGCUUUCUUCCGGCACCAAGCAGAUCAGUCCUGGGGUGCACUUUUGUUGGUCUGGCUGUUAAGUCACUGAAGCAUUCCAAAGAAGGGUAAAGCUUGCACCGGAGCGGAGAGGGUGGAGAGCCCCGAGGAGGGAUGCGGGGAAAUGGGGGCAGUGUUGGAGAUUGGAUUCUUUCUCCUUAAAUGGCAAUGCUGCACAAUUGUUUCCUCAUUAUAAAAACAAUGUUUGCUGUAAAAGAAGUUCAGACAAUACAAAAAGUCAUAACCACACAACAAAGAUCUACAUUUUUUCCUCCUAGACAUAAGCUCCGUUGACAUGUGGCAUGGGUGCCCCUAGACUUUUCCAAAAAACAAUGACGCUCAGACAUUUUUUCUUAAUGCUAUUUCUUAUUCCUGUUGUUGAAAACUUUUUUAUUGAGGUGAAAUUCCCGUAAUGUGAAAUUAACCGUUUUAAAGCGUGCAGUUCCGUGACGUUCUGCGCCUGCCGCUUCCGUCUCGUGCCUGAGCAUUUCCAUUACCCUGAAAGGAAGCCGGGUCUCCACUAACAGGGGCUCCCCCUUCCCCUCUGCCCCGGUCGCAGGCAGCUGCCGGUCCGCUGUCCAUCUCUGGAGUCCCCUGUCUGGACAGUGUGUGGAAAUGCCAUCCUACACUCUCUGGAGUUUGUGUCCGGCUUGUUGGUACUGUUUUCUACCUUGUAGUUUUCACUGAACGGCAUAUGUUGAUAGUCCCAUAUGUUGACCUGGUGGCUCUGUGUCUUCUUUUCAAAGGCUUCUGUGGUGUUCCACGGUGCAGAUAGGCAGUGAUUCCUUUAUCCAGACUUCUUUGGUUGCCUGGGUUUUCCACUGCAGAGUCCACACCCGGAGUUUCCUUAACCUACUUCCUCAGGGUAUCGGCAACAGAAGGGCUUGGCAGACCCACCGAGGUCUCCAGAACCAUCUCCCUGAAGACUAAAAAAAUGUAGCCACUCGGUGGGAAACCUUCAGGGAGUCAUUUUUAUCCAAGUAAGGCAUACAGAACUAGAGAAUUCUGGUCUGCAUUGUGCUGUAAAUGUGUGUUCAGCAGCUGUUUGGAAAUGGACUUGGGAUACGCUCCCUUAGCAGGAAUGAAAAUCAGAGAUGGAAAUCACGGUCACCCUGGGAUUUCCAUGAAGGAUGCCAUCAGUCUGGGGAGGCUUUCAGGGCCGCCAGGUCGACCAGAGGAAAAGCAAACAGAACUCCAGCGGACCGGUGUUGCUGGUGGCGUAGGUGCGAGCUCCUGGACUCCUGCCACAGACACCCGCAGCAGGCCGAGGAGGCGACCCGGCCCCCGGCAGCCCGCGCUGACCGCUGCCCGCCGCCACCGCGCUCGCUGCCCCCCGGCGCUGCCAGCGGCGCGCUGCCAGGCCGACUCCGAGUGCCCGCGGCACCGGCGCUGCUGCUACAACGGCUGUGCCUACGCCUGCCUGGAGGCCGUGCCGCCCCGCCAGGUCAGCAUAAUGCAACCAUUCCUGUCAUCCAGGUACCCAGGUUCCUUCCAUCUUGUUGCUCUGCAUGAUGGAAGUGGCUCCCCAGCUGGGGGAAGAGGGAGAGCCAGAGGGAGGAGAGCAAGCAGUUUUAGACUGGCUAGUGCAAGCCGAAACCUCGAUGGCUUGGCGGCAACGGCUGGCUUCUGGAUGGCCCUGAGGAGGUGUUGCAAGCCGAGGCCCUGCAGCACCACAGAGGAUGGGGCGGAACCCCUCCUCUGCCCGGGCUACGAGUGCCACAUCCUGAGCCCUGGGGAUGCGGCCCAGGGCAUCCCCAACCGCGGGCAGUGUGUCAAGCAGCGCCGGCAGGCAGAUGGGCAGUUCCUCCGACACAAAUUUUACAAAGAUACCCAGAGGGAGAUUCUAAGAAUGUGGCGGAGCCUGGGAAAGGACGCCAGAGGCACUUUUCAUAAGGCAGCGGUGCCGCCAGUUUCGAGAACGUUCCUCCAUUCUUCUGCUAAGUCUUGGAAACAGUUGGAUAAAACAUGAUUUGACCCCCAGAGGUUAUGCCCAGCUUGACAGAGCGUGACCCCCAAAAUACUUAAGAGUACAGACAGCUGGCUUUCAAGGCCAGCAUGACCCGCCUGGCUGGGGGACUUGAUGGGAGCCCCUUCCCAGCCCUGGGUCCCUGUCUUGUCAUCCUGAAGAUGCAGCACACCUAGCAGUCCCAUUCAACCUGACCCCACCGCAGGAAGAGGUCACUGUCCUCGUGAGCUGUACGGAGCUCCUUUGUCAGAGGGUUCAUCAUCCCUGUUACUACACGUUUCUUCCAGAUUUGUCUCUGGGAGGCGCGCACCUAUCCCAUCUGUGCUCAGGAUAAAUUGCUCCUUAUAAAAUGGAAAGGAACUUGGCUACUCA